AUGAAGAAGAUGAAGCUGAGAGAGGACGACGGGGACGAGGUUGGAGAAGAGGCGGAAAAAACGAUCAGACUCUCUCAACCGGCUGAUAAUGUUGAUUUGGAGGAUUCGGCGAUGCACUCUCCCGAAGACAUCCUGAGACAACUGUCCGGAUUUUACCAUCCGGUGCGACGAGCAAGCCGGCUUCGCGUACGUCAACCUCAACCCAAGCAUCACACACCUCUUCCCAGGUUUCUCGCCACUCGACCCAAGACUCGAUUUUUUCAGCUCAGGGAUCCCAGGAUACCCCGGCAUCCUCCAGGAGGAGGACCCGGUUUUUGGGUCGUCCCAGACCGUGAUUUGCGCCCCCGGGUCGUCUCAGACAAUUACGCGCUCUUCAACCUCGUGCGCGCCAACCUCCUCACUCGAUUUAUCGCAAACAAUCACCCUCUCGCCCCCUCCCUCACGACACCCAGUCCCGAAGCGAUCCCAUCCCGGCGGUACUUGGGUAACGUUCGUCCAGCACCGUUUACUAGGGCAAAGACUAUAGGAGAUGGGAAGACGCUGUUCAAGAAAUCCAAUUUAACGCGGUACGCCUCCGCGAGCGCCGGGCAACCUCUUCGUCCACUCGCCACACUUCCACUCGUCGAGCUUCGACAGGCGUUUCGAACUGGCAAAGACUUUACAAUCACCACAAACGGCAAACGGGUUGCGCUCACGUCUUCUUCGGCCGCGACUACAGAUGUAGAGGCGGACUCUGGUUUAGACGAAGAUUCGUCCUCUGAGGAAGACGUUCCUCUCGCAAAGUUGCCCAGAGUAUCGGUUAUCGUCCCCCUACCCGGUGAUUCCGGCCCAAGUAUUGCUCCCAGGGACGACGAACCUCGGAAACGGAAUCGGCUUGGGGCUAACCUGGAUCCGAAAAUGCACGAACGAUCUUACUUUUCUUUCAAGGGCAAAGAGAAACAGUCAGAUAGAGAGAUGGUCAUUGAUGUGGAUCCUACGACCGACGAGGAGGCCGGACUCGACGGAGCGGUAGAACAAAUGUCACUCGACGGGCCGGUAACGGAUCCCGACGUGGAUGUCGUAGGUAUCAGCUCUGGUUCAGGGCCGGAUCAAGGUGCGGUCGCGGCCUCUCCUAUCCAGACGAGGGCGAGACGACGACUGAAGGAGGUUGCUGCUGCCGCUGCCGCCCCAAAGCGCAGUAAAAGGGCUCCUCGCGCGGGCACUCGGACUUCCUCACGACUGGCCGCAAUGACGAGCACCUUAUGA